AUGUCUAGCAUGCGUCCAACUCUCCUGCUAUUCCAUCCGCAAUUGCGCACUUCGCUGCCCCGAACCAUGCAGAGGGAUCUCAGCAGCCGACUGUUUGCCCGCUUAAAGACGACGACAACGAAUUAUCUAAAGAAUCCUCGAGCUGCAAAGGAAGAACCCCCGCAAUUGAAAACAAAAGAUGGCUCUCCGGCUGGCCUGCGUACUCCGGCAUCAUCCCCGGCCGCACAUGCAAAAACCGCUAUCCGACGAGGACCACCGGAGCGUGUUCUGAUCUACCAUGGAGGAACGGGUCGGACAAUCUUCCUGGGGAUGUUACGGGUCACUACCAUCUUUCUCUUCGGCGCAUCCUGCCUGCUUGUUGCGCCAGCUUUUGCCGCCGAUGAAUAUCCGUGGUAUAUAGCUCCUGCUGUCGUCGCCGGAGGCACAAUCCCCAUGCUCUUCGUCGCCUACACCUCCGCCCCGUUCGUCAACUUUGUCCACCUAGCCCUCCCCGUCUUCGCCCGCCGCUCUCGCGAACAAGCACUUCAAUACGCAAAGAACCUUCCUCCUACCGCUACCCUCUACAUUAACACCAUGAAAUUCACAACAGUUCCCCGCCACACAGAGGUGCGAGUGGGCGAUCUCGUUGCAGACAAGGCACUGCUACGGCCCGUAAGCUUUCGGAAUCAGAAUCCUGCUCCGCUGCCUUGGUGGCAGGGAAGGACGUUAAAGCAGUUUUGGGCGAUGGAGAAGAGUAAGCCGGGGAAGCAGUCUACGACGUUUUAUCCUGAGCUGUGGGAGUAUGUAUACAGGCAGAUACAGAAUAAUGUGCCAAAGAAGCGUUGA